GGGCUGCGCAGUUCUUGAGCAAACGUUUUUCCGUUUGGUACUUUUAUAGUCUCUCUCCUAAAUCAGGCUCCAAUCCCCAAUAUCCGAUUUGUUCCUUCUUACCAUCAUGUCGUCGUCCCCAUCACCGACGACGAUACCGUCCCCAACAACAGUGACGCCCAUAUCAAUUUCUCCACCUGGUACUAGUACUCCUACUCCUACUACAUCACCAAGUAUUUCUUUUCUCCUUGCCUAUCCUAUCAAAUAUACAAACAGUACUAACUAAUCAUCUCUAGCUCCUAGUACCACCACUCCGAUAUCAUCAUCAACAACACCAACAUCGUCAUCCCAAUCGACUCCAGUAUCAACAUCAACACCAACUACAACUCCCACAUCAUCCACACCUUCAACCACAACCAACAAUGCACAAACUUCAACUACCCCUCUCACUACUAGUACAACUCCAACCACGACUUCUAUGACAUCCGUUGCAACUACAGUACCCAUCACCUUUACCUCAACAAAUGCAUACGGAUCAACAACUGUCGUUACAACAGAGAUAUCAACAACAACCUCAAUCCCUGUCUCCACUUCUACCCCCCCUCCAAAUAACUCAAACACUGGCGCAAUCGUAGGUGGCGUAGUCGGUGGUAUCGCCUUACUUGUCCUCCUCGGCCUCGUCGCCUUCUGCUUACGCCGUCGCAGAAGGCGAGAUGAGUUCGACGGCAACUUUGACCCCGAUCGUGUCGUUUCCCACCCCUCAGGAGGCGGAACACUCCCCCAAGUAGACCUUGGCGAUGAAAACGAGAUCACUCCCUACCCUGGCCGUGCCGAUAUGCGGCAAUACGGAGAAAGCCCCUUCCUGGCUGCGGGUCCCGCCGCAGCUGCCGGCCCAGCUAUCCACCGUGCAACCUCCCCGCUCAGCUCCCCCUCCCAAUACAGCGAUACCGUCACCUCCCCCAGCGAGGGAUACCCCUCUCAGGGAUUCAUACGUCCUGGCCCCGGCCAGGGCCAGGGCCAGUACCCUCAAGGAGCACCUAACAUGUACGCAAUGCAACAAGCAGACUGGCACAACCCACGCCCCCUCACAUCUCCUGCCCCUAGCGUCAGCAAUACCUCCUCCAGCAGCCGCGCAAUGAAGGAGAGAGAAGCUGCUGCUGGUCGUCAAGGCCUUGGCCUCGCUACACAGCAAGAAGUUGACGGGGAGGGGUCUGGCGUUGUUCAGCACCAUGAUGGUGGACGCGCUCAUAGUGAAGAAGAAGCCGGAGAACCGCGAGAUAUUCCUCCUGCGUAUGAGUCUAUAAGGCAGUAGACCCGUCGCACGAAGGGUUUCAAAAAAGCCAUAUUUGAAGUUGAAUCUGUAAUGCUCCACCACGUUUUACGUGCACGUUUCGAUGGACACCACUUAAGUUUGGACGAUCAUACAUAUGUAUGUAAAGUCGUCAUCAUCAUGAUCUCAAGACUCUUUUUCCCUUGUUUAUUUUCGACGUUAGUUGUCGUUUGUCUUGCUUUUGGUAGCUAUGACUAUUUGUCGACUUUCUCCUGAUGCUUUCCAGCACAUAUUCGUAUCUCAUGCACAUAUGUAGAUAUGUCCAAGGCAUGAUUAUUUUUUGUUCUUACCAUACAUCAAUGCAAAAUUAAUAUCGCGUCCAGCUGCCAGCAGAGCUCGCGUACUAACCAAAUAUGUACAAAUAUGUUCAUAUGAGUUGCUGC